CCAUUCAUAAAUACCUUACAGCCUUUCCACCAUCUCCCACAUUAAACGAGGACCUUUAGCAGUUUACGUUCAUGUUUUUGCACGUCCUGGUUGGACAAAGCAGGUAAAGCAGCCAUGCAUGCAGCCAUGCUGUCCUGUUGCUCCGAGGCCACUGGGCCGCUGCUGAGCUGAGCUGAGCUGAAGGGGGUUGGAGGCAAUUCAGUCAUCUUUUGCUCGUACCGAGGAUGCACCGAGGGAGCUGAGGCGGAUUCUCUCAAGCUGCACACACACGAGCUCGCCUGACACACACAUCCAGAGCUGCUGCUGCUGUUACUGCUGCUACUGCUGAUGCGCAUUGCCCACCAUCAGGGGGGGACUCCAUAGUUGGCCUGGACCAUGAGCUAUGAGUCUACCGUUUGGAACAUCCCACCAGAAAACUCCACAGAGGUACCACCGCAGACGGAGGAGCAGCAAGAUGGCUACGUGCUUCUCCUGGUGAUCCUCUCCAUCUUCCUGGUGGGGACAUUAAUCUUCGUCUCCAUCCUCCUCAUCACCUGCCGCCGUUGCUGUCGAGGAGGUCAAUGUUGCGCCAGUAGCAGCGAUGAUGCCGGGAAAACCAACGCCACAUACACGGAGGAGUCUCAGCCCACCCAUGAAAUCACCAUUAGGGUGGACGAGUCCGACUGCCUGUCCAUGGCCAGCUCCCACGAUCAAGAGACGGAACGCUUCCUCUCUACGGGCACCAUGGGCCGGCGCGUCUCCUUUAAUGAGGCGGCGCUCUUCGAUCACGGCAAGAAGCCCCAAGAGAAGGGUCGCAGAUACACACUGACCGAGGGUGACUUUCACCACCUAAAGAACGCGCGGCUCACACACCUCCACAUCCCGCCCCCGGCGCUGAAGAUAGUCACCAUCCAUGAGUGCGACUCGGCCGAGAACACAAUCACCAUGACAACGCGCCCUGUUGCCAAGUCGGCACUUUCCAUCUUCCAGCCAAUGCUGUGCCCCUUGCCUCAAACUGCACUGACCAGCUUGAGCGCCAAUUCCAGCUGUGCACUCCCAGGAGAUGCCCUCAACUCAACUGUAGUGGGCACCAGCUUCAGUGCAAAAACUACUGCUAAGACAAAUGGAAGCUCUAUGGAGAUGAUACCAGUAGGGUCCCGGGACCGAGGCUGCAAUGUCAGUGCAGGAGAAGGGGUCGCACCCCUGAGUGGUGUCCCUCCUGGAGGCAGCAGUGCAGUCAGCCAGGGUCCAGUGCAGCAGUUCUUUACCAAACUGCGGCGCCAUGCCAGUCUGGAAGGAGCCAGUCCCUAUUUCAAAAUCAAAAAAUGGAAGCUGGACAGCAGCCACAGGGCUUCAAGUCUGGACAUGAGAGGCUCUCCAAAGAGGAGGCAGUUUCAGCGCCAGCGUGCCGCCAGUGAGAGUAUGGACCAGGACAACAAUGACACACACCACAUUGACCUCAUCCAGUACAUCGCCCGCACCCAAGACAUCGCCUACUGUCCUGGCCGUACUGUGCUGUCAUCCGCAUCCGCACCACCCCCUUCCCUCGGCAGGGUGGAGGUAGAAGUGAUGGUGGAGCCCAGCUGUAGCCAAACUGGAGCAGGGCUGAUUGGCUUGUCACCUGAUCCCCAAGAUGAUGUGCUUUUCCUGGAAAAGAGGGGAAGUGCAGAGCCUCUCAAUCUCCAGGAUCCCCAGACACUUUACAGAGACAUUUGGACCUUACGUGCAUCACUAGAACAAUAUGCUGCUUCUGACCAAAGCAGCAACAAUGACAAGAACUCAGUCUGCAGUGAUGCUGACAGUGUGUGUACAGAAAAAGAAAGAGAAAGGCUCCAAAGCUACUCAUCCCAGGAUUUAGGCGACGAGCUAGAGGGAGACAAGGAGUUUUUGGCUUACCUGGAUGAGACUUCGGGAGCGAAGUGCGUAAGAAAUAGAAAACAACAAAGUACAGAAUCAGAGCGAGGUGGGACCUACAGCGAAACAGGGACUCGUAAAUUGCUGCAAAUGGAUAGCGGUUAUGCAUCUAUUGAGGCCCCCUACCGUGGUCCGGAAGAGUUGCGAAUGUUCGGAAGCACCAGCCCAAAGGAAAGAACUGCCCAUGAAAAAAGGCACCGCUUCACCAAGGGAGGAAAAUCAUGCACAAUUGGUGAGAGCUUUGAGUCUCACCUCUAUGAGGAGGAGCCAGAAGAUCUCUUGCUGGGUGCCACUGGUGGAGUUUCUGCAGAAACUAGUGUUGGUCAGCAAAGUUGGUUUCCAUACGGCCAGAUGCUCACUCCUCGGGAGGCCUCACAAUCUUCCACUCAACCGCAGACCCUACACCGGAGAGACUACAGCAUUGAUGAGAAAACUGAUGCACUCUUCCAUGAGUUUCUCCGUCAUGACCCUCAGUUUGAUCAGCAGGAGUCGCCAUUAAGAAAGUACCGGUCUAGAAUCCACCUCCGCAAACAGUGGCAGCGGCACAAGCAGUGGAGUGAUCCUGGUGUCAGACACUUUCAUUCUUCUUUUGAGAGACACCGAACUCCCCUACGGAGGGGUGACAGUGUGAACUACCCUCUUGACACGAGCUAUCACAGCACGCUCCCUCGCAUUGUCAGCACGCCCGAUGAGGAAACCACCGAUGCCCCAGAAACUCCAAAGGUAAAACCUACGACAGAGGAUUUCGGAAAGGAAAAAGACCAGAGCGAGAGUCAGAUGAGCGACGAAGGGUUAAGUCAACACCUGGAACUUCCAGAGGACAGCAAACAACCCGAACUCCUCUUAGAAUAUCUGGAUGAACGAUCACCCCUUCAACCACCUGACUCCUUGGGCUCUGGUCCACAAACCAUCACUGCAGAACUCACAGACAAACUGACUGCUAAUCUAGACGAGUCACUAUACAUGGGAAUUCGAAGGACCAAGGACACAGCAGAGUGUUUGACGGUGGCGGCGGCACAUGCUUCUCCAGACCACAGCCCAGUGUAGCCACUUAUCCUCAUUGACUAUCCCCAAAGCUGCUGAUACACACUGACUCACUUUUGUCUCUGUUUUGAUGAUUUAGACCGACAAUGAAUUAGGAAAUUAUCCAAAACAAACCAAGCCGUAAGGUUCAGUUCACCAUCGAAGGGUUGGUAAAUCCUGAUUUAAUUUGACAUAAUCCAAGUGCAACACUUGCCAUUGGCACAUUUUAUGUCUUCCGUUGUUAGACGGAAGUAGUUACUCUGACAACCAAACAUUUCAGAGUUCUACGUCUAGUGCCAACCUACCACUAUUGAACAAUACCUUAGCGCUGUGGUUUGUACCCAUAAAGCCCCUUGAAAAAUGGUGUACCGUACCAAAGCGAAUCUAACUGUACUGGUGGAAAUGAGGCUGCAUUUCCUUCAAAUCUUUGAAUGUUCAUAUCCGUUUGUGAUUCCCAGAAACUAAUGUUGAUGCUACAGCUUUUAGACAGUAAGUAGAACAGUACUACUAAAUGCGUUAUGACCAUAUGUUAUUACAGAUUCAGUUAUUUUAUAACUGUUUAUAUAGAACGAGGGACUUUUUAAUCCUGCUGAAUUUUUGUGACCCAAAUAUAGAACUAUAGAAUUGUCCCAUAGAGUUACUGCGUACUUGCUAUUGGGACAGCAUAUCUUCUACACUGUGCAGUUUGAAGUUAAACUGGUUUGUUUCUAUUGUCAGUUGGGACUCUGACAUUCUUUGACUGGUUUUGUACUUUACUGUAAACAGGUAUUUGUCCCACCGCUAUCAGUUGCAGUAGACAUUGCUGAAGUUUUCCACGUGUAGUUGGUUAGCUCGCUACACAUAUUUCUCUAAUUAGUAGUAGUUCACAGAAAUACAUUGACUUGUUUUGAAACCAUGUUGGCUUAGAUAGUAGUAGUUCACAGAAAUACAGUGACUUGUUUAUAAAACCGUGUUGGCUUAGAUUCAGAAAAACAGUACAAUUUCUCCCAAAAUAUCUUGUUAUUCAUGGUUCGCUGGCAUAUAUUUUUUAUCUGUGAGCAGUGCUUAAAUGAUUGUAAUGAUGACUCCCAUCAAAGUUACAAAGCUACCAAGGACUGUGGACAACACAAUCAUGAGAUGGGCAGUUUUGUGACAGCAGUGAAAUAGGAGAGUUCUCACGGAUGUUUGCUGUUUUUAUUGGCUUGAUUUAUAUGAAAGGCAUGAUGUCUAGUGCAUGAGACUGAACAGAAAAAGCUUUAUUCGCCUUAUUUUCCUGUCCGUACAUCCUUUUCUUCUCCUGAGAAAGUCAACAGUGGAGUAGACGUUUCCUACAAGGGGAGGGUACUUAUAUUAUUUAUGUUACUUUUAAUUUAUAUAUCUUAUAAAACUUGACUGAACAGAGAUGCUAUUUAUUGUCAAAAUCAUGUUUUUUUUACGUGGUUAUGUAAAUUAAAGUUUGCUAAAUGU